AUGGAUGAAUUACCAGCGCACCGAGUCUUAACCGGCUGCGUCUUGGCGCUGCUCAUCAUUUGGACGCUUUUAGGUAACUUCACAGUGUGCGCAGCUGUUUAUCGCUACCGGCACCUGCGCGCAAAAGUGACCAACAUCUUCAUCGUGUCUCUGGCUCUAUCGGACCUUCUUGUCGCCGUGCUGGUGAUGCCAUGGAAAGCUGUGGCCGAGGUGGCCGGUUUCUGGCCAUUUGGAGGCUUCUGUAAGACCUGGUUGGCCUGCGACAUCAUGUGCUCGACGGCCUCCAUCCUCAACCUGUGCGUCAUCAGCGUGGACCGGUACUGGGCCAUCUCCAGCCCGUUCCGCUACGAGAGAAGUAUGAACAAGAAGGUGGCCUCCGUUAUGAUCGGCGUGACGUGGACAGUGUCCCUGGUCAUCUCCUUCGUCCCCGUGCAGCUGAACUGGCACCGGGCAGAGAUCGGUGACCCGGCCGCGGAGGUUGUGGCGCACCACGCUGGGCGUAUCGAUGGGAGCUGUGACUCCAGCCUGAGCCGCACCUACGCCAUCUCCUCCUCCCUCAUCAGCUUCUACAUCCCCGUAGCGAUCAUGAUUGUCACGUACACCCGCAUCUACCGGAUAGCCCAGAUGCAGAUCCGGAUGAUAUCCUCGUUGGAGCGCGCGGCAGAGCACGCGCAGAGCUGCCGUUCGGACGUACCUGAACUGUUUCCUCACCUGUGCACGGAACUCGGUGCCAGCUCGUAUCAGUCUCAGAUCAGCCUUCAUCCGGAUUCCCAGCGCUCGACUCAGUCACACCGCGAGCUCAAAGUCUCCAUCAGAAAAGAGACUAAAGUCCUGAAAACUCUGAGCAUCAUCAUGGGCGUCUUCGUCUGCUGCUGGCUGCCUUUCUUCAUCCUGAACUGCGCUCUGCCCUUCUGCCCCGGCCCGGGGGCUCCGGGGGGCCAGCGGGGCCCUUACUGCGUCAGUGAAAAAACCUUUGACGUGUUCGUGUGGAUCGGCUGGAGCAACUCGUCCCUCAACCCGGUCAUCUACGCGUUUAACGCGGACUUCCGAGACGCGUUCUUGCGCCUGUUGCGCUGCCGCGGACAACGCUGCUUGGCGGCGGUGAGCGCAGCGGUGGAGACGAUGAUGGCGAGCAACGAGGCCGUGAACCCGAAGCGAGAGAGCCCGCUGAAGCUGAGGCUGGACGUCUCCUGUGCCACAAACACCAGGGGGAGUGAGGACAGCGGGAACACCACGAUGACUGUGUUUUAUCACAGAGGGACAACCUCGGAGCAGGUGAAGGACACCGAGGAGAGGAACAAGGCCAGACUGACGCAGAUACCCAUAUAA